GCGAGUCGGCGCAGGCUCGGCGGCCCAGGGGGCGGAGCCGCGGGGGCGGGCGGGCGGCGCGGCGGCGGCGGGGCUGACGUGGAGGUCGCGGGUUAGCGGGCGCGGCGCUGGGGCUGGCGGCGGCGGGCCGGCGGGCGCUCGGCCUGCGGCGGCGGUAUAAAGCCGGCGUCCGGGAGCAUGUGAUGUCGGAAUGCGGAGGCCGCGGCGGCGGCGGCGGCGGCGGCGGCGACGCGCAGGACGAGGGCGGCGGCGUCCCCGCGGGCUCCGGCUCCCCCAGCCCGGCGGCGCGGCUCGGGCGCGGGCUGCGCGGCGCCUCCCUCAUGGCGCGCCGGCGGCCCGAGCUGCUGUGCGUGGCCGUGGCGCUCGGCUGCGCGCUGCUCCUCGCCCUCAAGUUCACCUGCAGUCGAGCAAAAGAUGUGAUAAUACCAGCAAAGCCACCCGUCAGCUUUUUCUCCUCGAGGUCUCCGGUUCUCGACCUCUUCCAGGGGCAGCUGGACCAUGCCGAGCAUGUGCGCCGGGACUCAGAGGUGGCGCUGCUGUUCUUCUAUGCCCCGUGGUGUGGGCAGUCCAUCACUGCCAGGGCAGAGAUCGAGCAGGCAGCCACCCAGCUCUCUGACCAGGUGUUGUUUGUGGCAAUUAACUGUUGGUGGAGUCAGGGGAAAUGCAGAAAACAGAAACACUUCUUUUAUUUCCCUGUAAUUUAUCUGUAUCAUCGGAGUUUUGGACCAAUCGAAUACAAAGGCCCCAUGAGUGCUGUUUACAUUGAGAAGUUUGUCCGCCGAGUGAUGAAACCACUUCUCUACAUCCCAUCUCAAUCAGAGUUACUAGAUUUUCUCUCAAACUACGAGCCUGGAGUUCUCGGGUUCUUCGAGUUCAGUGGCUCCCCCCAGCCGCCUGGCUAUUCGACCUUUUUCACAUCAGCAUUGCAUUCUUUAAAGAAAGAUUACCUAGGAACAGUACGAUUUGGGGUUAUCACAAAUAAACAUCUUGCGAAACUGGUAUCCUUAGUACACUCUGGAAGUGUGUAUUUACAUAGACAUUUCAACUCAUCACUUGUCUUCCCUAGGGAGGCCCUGAACUUCACGGCGGAGAACGUCUGCACCUGGGUCCUGGAGAACCACGAGCCGCUGCUCCGCUGGCUGCAGCCCCACGGCGGCAAGAGCCUCCUGCUGCACAACGAGCUGAAGAAGGGACCGGCGCUGUUUUUAUUUGUUCCUUUCAACCCCUUGGCUGAGAAUCAUCCUCUGAUAGAUGAGAUUACCCAAGUGGCCUUGGAGUACAACAACUGUCAUGGGGACCAGGCGGUGGAGCGUCUGCUGCGGCACCUGCGGCGGGUGGAUGCCCCCCUGGCGUCCCUGGCCCCUGCACCCCUGCUCGUCACAGCACCCCCCUGCUGCAACUCUGUGGUGCUGCCCCGCUGGCACUCCCUCUCCCAGCCCCACAAUGUCUGUGAGCUGUGUGUUAACCGGACGACCAUGGUCAGCCAGGCCCAUUGCAGCUUUGUCCAGAUGGCUGCGGCGCUGGACUCUUUCUACCUCAAGGAGCAGGCCUUCUCCCACGGCACAUCGGGCAGCACUGAGUGCAGCAACUUCCUCAGCUCCUACAGCCCCUUCAGCUACUACACCGCGUGCUGCAGGGCCGUGAGCAGGGCUGCCCUCGAGGCCUCAGCCCCUGCUGCUGCCGGCCUGCAGGGCGAGUGUGAGGCCCGCACGCCAGGCCCCGUUCCUCACAUUGAGGAGCCCGCCAGGUACCGCUUCCCUGAAGGGGUCCCCGACAGCACAAGCUUCACAGGCCUAAGCUGCAGGACCAACAAGACCCUGAACAUGUACCUUCUGGAUUCAAACUUGUUCUGGCUGUACGCAGAACGGCUGGGCGCUCCGAGCACCACCGGGGUGCGGGAAUUCGCCACCAUCGUGGAUGUGAAGGAGGAGUCCCACUACAUCCUGGACCCCAGCCAGGCUCUCGUGAGGUUCACGCUAGAGUCUUUUAUUCAGAACUUCAGCAUUCUCUACAGUCCCUUGAAAAGGCAUCUUAUUGGAAGUGACUCUGCCCAGUUCCCUUCCCAGCACUUAAUCACUGAGGUGACAACUGAUACCUUUUGGGAAGUAGUCCUUCAAAAGCAGGACUCUGCAGUUAGAAAGCACCUCACUAGGCUCACCUCCGGUCACCCUACUUUGUGGGAGCCCGAAGGCCUGACCCCCAACCCCACCCCACAGGAUGUCCUGCUGCUGUAUUAUGCGCCCUGGUGUGGCUUCUGUCCAUCCCUCAAUCACGUCUUCAUCCAGCUGGCUCGGCUCCUGCCCGUGGACACGCUGACUGUGGCCAGGAUUGAUGUGUCCCAGAAUGACCUUCCUUGGGAGUUCAUGGUCGACCGACUUCCUACCGUCUUGUUUUUUCCCUGCAACAGGAAAGACCUGAGUGUGAAGUAUCCAGAGGACCUCGCCAUCACACUCCCCAACCUGCUGCGUUUCAUCCUGCACCACUCGAGGGUCCGGGCUCCCCGUCCCCGCCCCACCCGCCUGGAGGGCGCGCUCCACAGGCUGCGUGCCCGGCUUGGCCGACUGUGGGACCCUGCACGAAGGGGGCCCGGGUGGGGGGCCCGAGGGCCGCUUCGGGGGCCCGGCGGGCGGGGGCGCAGGCUGCAGGCGCUGCUGGGCCGCAGGACGCGGGAGCUAGCAGGGCUGGCACGCAGGCUGCAGGCCCUGCUCACCCAGAAUGCCUGGCUCAGGGCCCUGGCGGCUACCUUGGAGCACAGGCCACAGGAGGCCCCGAUGAGCAGUGACAACAGGACAGACACCUAAAUCGCAUGGACACGUCAGGUGAACACCGCAGAUCUGGAAGAUAUUUAUGCAAAUUUUAUUGAAAUUUACUGUAAAUAAAGAUUUUCUCAGCUC